CAGAAGUUCACCAGCGGCACGAGCGCGAGCAGGAACCCGAACCCGAACUCGAACAGGAACCAGGACUAAAGUACACGUCAUUUCGGAUUACUCAGUCACGAGCUUUUUACGGAUCUAUCACUUGGAGUUUGGAGCUGUUUGGAUUUGCCUUCUAUUGAUUAAUUGAGAACAUCAUGACUCUGGAAGAAGUGGUUGGAAACAACAGCACUGAUAAAAAAAUGGAUGUUGUGGGUGAAGCUUUAGAGGAGCUUCUGGUAGCAGCGCAGAGACAGGACUGUCUUACUGUCGGCGUGUACGAAUCUGCAAAGCUCAUGAAUGUAGAUCCUGACAGCGUGGUGCUGUGCGUGCUGGCCACGGACGAGGAGGACGAGGACGACAUUGCUCUUCAGAUCCAUUUCACUCUCCUGCAGGCUUUCUGCUGCGAGAACGACAUUAACAUCCUCCGUGUGUCCGGGCUGAGGCGCCUGGAGCAGGUGAUCGGAGAACCGAGCUCCGAGGAGAACAACAAUAACAACAACAACAGCGAGCCUCGAGAUUUCCACUGCAUCCUGGUCACUAAUCCCCAGUGUGAACCGCUGAAAUCUCCUGCGCUGAAGGAGGUGGGAAACUACUGCGAUGAGAGCCGCUGCAGGAACCAGUGGGUUCCGUGUCUGUCCCUGCGCGAGCGCUGAGCGAGGAGACGUGCAGUCGCGCGAAGAAAAACCGAACCGACACGCCGGUGUGUGUGUGUGUGUGUGAGGAGCGAAAGCACGAGACGAGGAGACGCGGGGAUUUUUAUUUUCACCGCUCUGCGUCAGAUACCGCCGGAGGAUGAAGAAAGGAAAGUUCCUCAGGACUGACGUUGGGUCUCGCGGCCCAGUUUCGUCCUCCGCUGUGAGGGUGCGCUGCUCUGCGGUGGUGGAGGAGGAGGAGGAGAAACCUGGAGAACCGCAGGACCACGCGGUGUGGAGGAGAACAAGAGCCCGCAUGCGCGCUGCGAAGGAGCGCCGCACUCGUAUUCCCACGAGCCAUGGACCGAAAGAGAGAGAGACAGAGACAUUGUCCUGCAUGAUAGAAACCUGCUGCUGGACUUCACUGCUUUAAAACGCAAUUUCUCGUUUGUUGGACUAACAUCUUUAAUAAGAACCCUUUUUAUGCUGCUUGUAGAAACAUGUGGACUGCAGCUGCAUUGUAAAGACUGCAGAAGAAGGCCAGUGUUUGAGGACACGGGGGUGUUCGAGUCCCUGUGGACAUGCAAACUAUGAAAUACUGUUGUGUAAUUUAUUUCCCCUAAUUUAAUAAGAGUAAUAUAUGUGCUGAAAAUGAUGUAAAUACAAAUGCUGACUCAAUAAAUUAUUGUGUAAUUUAA